CCCGGUGCUCCCAGUCCCUCCCAGCGCCCUCCUGAUUGCUCCCAGUGCCCCCAGUAGCCUCCCCCGAUCGCUCCCAGUCCCUCCCAGCGCCCUCCUGAUCGCUCCCAGUGCCCCCAGUAGCCUCCCCUGGUGCUCCCAGUCCCUCCCAUAGCCUCCCCUGAUCGCUCCCAGUCCCUCCCAGCACCGCCCAAUCGCUCCCAGUGCCCCCAGUAGCCUCCCCUGAUCGCUCCCAGUCCCUCCCAGCGCCCUCCUGAUCGCUCCCGGUGCCCCCAGUAGCCUCCCCCGGUGCUCCCAGUCCCUCCCAUCACCCCCCUGAUCGCUCCCAGUCCCUCCCAGCGCCCCCCCGAGCGCUCCCAGUGCCCCCAGUAGCCUCCCCCGGUGCUCCCAGUCCCUCCCAGCGCCCCCCCGAGCGCUGCCGGCCCCCCCCCGGUCGCCGCCCCCCGCCGUGCCGCCGGGCGCCAUGUCGUCGUGCGCGGAGGUGCUGCGCUUCCAGCUGCCGGGGCACGAGGCGGCCGCGCUGCGGAGCAUGAACCGCCUGCGGGCGGAGGAGCGCUUCUGCGACGUCACCAUCGUGGCGCGGAGCCUCCGCUUCCGCGGGCACCGCGUCAUCCUGGCCGCCUGCUCGCCCUUCCUCCGCGACCAGUUCCUCCUGAACCCGGCGGCCGAGCUGCGCGUCUCGCUGGCCCACAGCGCCCGCGUCCUGGCCGACCUCCUGCUCUCCUGCUACACCGGCGCCCUCGAGUUCGCCGGCCGCGACCUCGUCAACUACCUGACGGCCGCCAGCUACCUGCAGAUGGAGCACGUGGUGGAGCGGUGCCGCGGCGCCCUGGCGCGCUUCAUCCAGCCCCCCGCCGGGCAGCCGCCGCUGCGCCCCCCGCCGCCCCCCAAGCCCGAGGACGAGGAGGAGGAGGAGGAGGAGGACGACGCGGCGCCCGACGUCUGCAUCGUCAAGGUGGAGCCGGCGGCGGCGGCGGCGGCGGCCUUGGCCCCAGGCGGCGGCGGCGGCGGCGGCGGCGGCGGCGGAGGGUCCGGCGGCGCCCCCCGAGCCCCCCCGGCGCCGCCGCUGGGGGUGGUGAAGGCGUGUUACAGCCUGGCCGAGGACGCCGAAGGCGAGGGGCUCCUCAUCUUCCCCGGCGGGGCGGCGGCGGAGGAGCCGGGCGGCGCGAACCCACCACCGGCGGCGGCGGCGGCGGCGGCGGCGUCGUCCUCCUCCUCCUCCUCCUCCUCCUCCUCCUCGGCGGCGCCGGCGCGGUGCGGGAAGUGCGGCGAAGCCUUCCAGGGGGUGGAAAAGCUGGUUUUCCACAUGCGAGCGCAGCACUUCGUGUUCAUGUGCCCGCGGUGCGGGAAGCAGUUCAACCACAGCAGCAACCUGAACCGGCACAUGAACGUGCACCGCGGCGUCAAGUCGCACGGCUGCGGCGUCUGCGGCAAGAGCUUCACGCAGAAGUCGACCCUCCACGACCACAUGAACCUGCACAGCGGCGAGCGGCCCUACCGCUGCUCCUACUGCGACGUCCGCUUCGCCCACAAGCCCGCCAUCCGCCGCCACCUCAAGGAGCAGCACGGCAAAACCACGGCCGAGAACGUGCUGGAGGCCAGCGUGGCCGAGAUCAACGUCCUCGUGCGCUGACGGCGGCGGGGGGGGGGCGCGGGGGGGCGCGGGGGGUGGGGGGGGAGGCGUGCGGGCGUGCGCGGGGCGGGCGGGGGGCUGCCGGGCGCCCGGGGGGUGCCUCGGCUGGUGAUGGGGUGCGGCCUGCCGGGGCGCCGGGGGUCCUCCGUGGGUGAGGGGAGUCACCCUGCCCAGACACUGGGGGUCCUCUGUGGGUGAGGGGGUCACCCUGCCCGGACACUGGGGGUCCUCUGUGGGUGAGGGGGUCACCCUGCCCAGGUGCCGGGGGUCCUCUGUGGGUGAGGGGAGUCACCCUGCCCAGACACUGGGGGUCCUCUGUGGGUGAGGGGGUCACCCUGCCCAGGUGCCGGGGGUCCUCCGUGGGUGAGGGGGUGACCCUGCCUGGACACUGGGGGUCCUCCAUGGGUGAGGGGGUCACCCUGCCCGGACACUGGGGGUCCUCUGUGGGUGAGGGGGUGACCCUGCCUGGACACUGGGGGUCCUCCAUGGGUGAGGGGGUGACCCUGCCCAGGUGCCGGGGGUCCUCCGUGGGUGAGGGGGUCACCCUGCCCGGACACUGGGGGUCCUCCGUGGGUGAGGGGGUCACCCUGCCCGGACACUGGGGGUCCUCCAUGGGUGAGGGGGUCACCCUGCCCAGGCACUGGGGGUCCUCCAUGGGUGAGGGGGUCACCCUGCCCAGGCGCCGGGGGUCCUCCGUGGGUGAGGGGGUCACCCUGCCCGGACACUGGGGGUCCUCCAUGGGUGAGGGGGUCACCCUGCCCGGACACUGGGGGUCCUCUGCGGAUAAAGGAGGGGUUCACUGCACCCGGACACCUGGGACCCCCCCGUGGAUGUGAGGGGGGGCUCCUCCAGCCGGACACCUGGGACCCCCCCAUGGACAGGGGGUUUGUGGGUCCCAGCACCUGGGACCCCCCCCGUGGAUGUGAGGGGGGGCUCCUCCAGCCGGACAUCUGGGACCCCCCCAUGGAUGGGGGUUUGUGGGUCCCAGCACCUGGGACCCCCCCCGUGGAUGUGAGGGGGGGCUCCUCCAGCCGGACGCCUGGGACCCCCGUGGAUAACGGUGGUACACCCCGCCCGGACACCCAGCUCGCCCCACGGAUGAGGGGGUGCACCCCACCCGGACACUGGGGUCCCCCCAUGGAUGGGGGGGUGUCACCGCACCCGAACGCCUGGGUCCCUCGGCUGAUGUGGGGGUCCACCCUUGCCCCCUAAAACCAGGCUUUGCUCAUCCCCCACCCGAGACACCUGGGGCCGCUCUGGGGGGGGGUCUCGGGGGUGCCCCCGCCCCGGACGCCUGGGCCCCCCCCACGAUGCCUGAGUCUGCUCUGAGGGGGGGUCUGGGGGGUUCCCCCAAGAUGCCUGGGUUCUCCCUGUAGCUCAUAGGAAAUGUCAUGUGGGUCACCCGGACACUGGGGGUCGUCCCCCCCCCACGCGGGGGUCCCCCCCGGGCGCCGGGGUUCCCCUUUAGCUUGUAGGGAUUUGGGAGGGGCAGGAAGAUGGGGGGGGUGGGGGGUGUCCCCGGACGCCUGGGCUUUGGGGGGGGGGGGGGGGCGGGAAGGGGGAGGGCACAGCCCCGGGCGCCUGGGUCCCCUUUUGGGGAGGGGGAGUUGGGGCUGGGGGUAGGGGUUAGAGUUUGGGGGGGGGGGGGGGGCAGCCGGACGCCUGGGUCCCCUGGGGGUGUGUGGUGAGAGUAGGGGGUUAGAUUGGAGGGGGAGGCGGUCCCCGGACGCCUGGGUCCCCUUUGGGGGGUGGGGGAGAGUCCCCGGACGCCUGGGUCCCCCGGGGGGGGUCUCGCCCCUCCCCCACCGCCGUUUUUAGAGAUUUUUUUGUAAUAAACGAGCAAAAAAAAAAAAA